AUGGACAAAUUUUACAAAAAGAUUCAAACAUAUCUAAUGAAGAAGAGUCAAGAAUGUGGAGAAUUAAAAUUUCUUACAUCUUGCAUAACAGCAGAGAAUAACAUUCACAUUGAAGACAUAUGUGAAUCAUUAAACAAUAUAUUUAAAAAUUAUGAUGUACCUAUAGAAGAGAAGGCUUCAGUAAAUGAUGAAAAAUGUACACAAUCAUAUAAAUAUUUAUUAUUAAAUACUAAUUUCGAGAAUCAAGAACGUUUGGCAGAAGAUAUUGUUAGUGGUCACUUAGUUGAUAUGUGUCCACCUUUAUCUCCAUAUUUGUUUAUACAAAUAUUAUGGAAUCUUGAGUAUGAGAAGAUCUUAAUUGAAUCUCUUUUAUACAUGCCAUUAGACUUAUGCAUAGAAAUAAUAAACAUAAUUACAAAAUGUAUAGAUAGAUUAGAUCCUUUUCAAAGAUCUAUUGAAUGCAUAUUUCAACUAAUACCGACCAUAUAUACCAAGUUUCUUCAUUUAAAAGAAUUUAGUAUACAGUCCAAAAAUGUGGAAGAAAGCAUACAAAAUUUAUUGAUGAGUUUUGAAGAAUUCUUACUAUUAUUAACAAAUCCUAAGUUACCUUAUUUGAUAGAAGUAUCAGGCUUAAAGAAAUACGAACGGUAUGGUAUCAUUUUAAAAAAAUUAAUUUAUACAACAAAAAAAUGUUUGGAGACUAGAAAUGAAAAGAUGUUGAUUUCUACUGAUCUUGAAAAAUUAUACAGUAUUACGUUUGGAAAAGAAGAACAUGUAAAAUGUGAAAAUACAUUGAUAGAAAAUACUAUGUCAACAUUAAAUCAACAAAUAAUGGACUUAUUAUUAAGUAAAAUCAAAGAAGUUGAUUGCAAUAUUUACUUAAGCUGGGCAGAGUUGAAUGAUCAAGAAAACAAUAUGAUUUCUCUACAACGUUCUAUUGGAAUUGAAUGUUAUUAUUUCAUAGAUUUUUUAUCGAAUGAUAAAGAAUUUUCGAAAAACGCACAUUUAAUAGAAUGUUUACAACAAUUGUCAAGUAAAUCAGAUCCUAAACAAUCGAGCUUCAUUUUAGAUUUAUCAGAACUCUGUUCUGCUAUAUCCAAUGGUAAAAAGGAACUCAUGAAAGAAUUAUUAUCUAGAUACAAAGAAUGGGACCGCACGAUACUUAAUUUCAUUUAUGACAAUAGAUCAUUGUUGGAAAAAGAAGACUGUUUAACAUUGCUAGAAUACCUUACUUUUAUCCUUCAGCAAUCAACAGAGGAAGAUUUUAAAGAAUUUACUUAUGAUCUAAUUAUGAAAGUAUUGUCGUUUCAAAGUAUAUCAGAUAUCUACGAAAUUAUAAUGAUGUAUUUAACUAAAUUUGAUGGUAAAAGUUAUUUAGAAUCUCCGAAUACGGAUGCAGCAUUUCACGAGUUCGUUAUGCGAAAUACAAGUCUACAAAAUUUUACGAAUUUAAAAACAAUCUUAUUGUUUCUUUUAAAAAAUCCUAAAAUGGUAUUGACAGUACUUUUGAAAAUCACUAUCGGUCAUCCUCAUUAUGGAAAUAUCAUGAUUUCUCCUAAUGAUUUGCUUUUACUAUCACCAUUUAUGCAAAUAAGAGAAAGUGAUAAUCAAGUACUAUUAACAAGUACGCUAAGGAUCAUUUGUAUAGAAAACAUAGAAUGGAAUGCUAAGAAGUUUAUGAACUUGGUGAAUGUCAUGUUAGACAAUUCUGUAAUUGAAGUGCAUGAUUUGAUAAAUAAUGUUUAUAUACCAUAUUUAAGAGAAGAUACAUUUAACAUAUCAAACAUAAAUGUAGUUCUCAAUAGUAUUCACAAAUUACAAGUGAAAUGUACUAAAAAUACAAAUAUUAAAGAUUUAAUAAUAAUUCUCGCAAGAAGAAUGUCGUUUCUUCGAAAAAAUACAAAUAUCGACAAAUAUACGAGCAGCGAAAUAUUUUCUCGAAUAACAAGGAUAUUGUCAUAUUUCUUGGAAAAUGAAAACUUUUCUGUUUCACUAAAAAGGGAGAUAGUAAAUGGAAUUGGAUCUAUCAUUGAACCAAUAGACAAAUUAUAUUUCGCUUCUCUUUGGCAUUUAAUGCAGAAAGGUAUUAGUAUAAUUGAUAUAAUAGAAGAUUAUGAGAGACGUUGUUUUGUUGUACUAAACAAACUGAAAGAAGAAUCAAAAGCUUCACAAAAAUUACGAUAUUACUUAUCUAAUUUAAGUUUACUAAGAGAAGAUUUUCUGCGCCAUUUGAUCAUUCGUUCAACCGAAGAAGAAUAUCAAAGAUUAGGUUCGGAACUUACCAUAAUUUAUUGGUUCGUUUUUGGAUGGAACGAUGAAAUCGAUGCGUUUGAUAAUUUUCUACGCUUGACGAUGGAAGCUUGUUGUUUAUCUCUGGAAUAUUCAACCAUCGGUGGAAACAAUUUAUUUGUAUAUUUAUUUAAAUCUUUUACGCGUUUCUGUAGGAUAUUUGUAUCCCUCGAAGGAAUGGAAAAUCAGAAGAAAGUAUGCCAAUUAUUAAUUAAAAAUAUCAAUCAACUUAACGAAAGCAUAAAACAUAGCCCUUAUGUGAAUUUAUUCACUAUCCAUCUUACACAUUUCGAUGGCCAUACAGAAGACAAUGAUUUUGUAAAUUUUCUUCAAGAUAUUUUGAACACUUUUCAGCAUUUUGCUGAUGAGUGUUUCGAAUACAAUAAGUGCAAUGAACAUAGUGAAGAAACAUGUAAAAUAUCUCAUUCUCUAAACGUUUCGAAUUUUUAUAUAAUUCAUGAAGUAAUUUCUGCUUGUAUGAAAGUAUCUCCAACAGAAGCUUAUGAAUGUAUUAGAAUAAUGGACGAAGUAUUUACGUCGAAUUAA